GUUACCGAAGCUAAAGAGCUCCAUAUAUUCACAUCAGCAGCGGCCGCUCCUUUUAAGGCAGCCUCGGUUUUUCCACUGACCUGGAAUAUUCCCGGUGUUUACUCUUCCUGAUGAUGAUGACGAUGCUCGCCGUAGUGAUGGCACUGUCUGGAGUCGUGGCUCUAAUACUGAGACUGCUGUCGUCCCACAUCAGGAAGUAUGCGGCAGGAGGAGUGUGUCUUUCCACGGCGCGUUUGGACGGGAAGACGGCGCUGAUCACAGGGGCGAACUGUGGGAUUGGUAGAGAGACGGCACUGGAUCUGGCCUCGCGGGGUGCGCGGGUGAUCCUGGCCUGUCGGGACAUAGAGAAAGGUGAGGAAACGGCGGCGGAGAUACGCAGGCGGGUGGGCGGGGCUCAGGUGGAGGUUCGGGAGCUGGAUCUGGCCGACACCUGCUCCAUCCGAGCCUUCGCUCAGAGGUUCCUCAGAGAGGUCAAUCACCUCCACAUCCUGAUUAAUAACGCAGGGGUGAUGAUGUGCCCUUACAUGAAAACAGCAGAUGGCUUUGAGAUGCAUCUGGGCGUCAAUCAUCUUGGUCACUUCCUACUGACCUACCUGCUGAUUGGUCUGCUGAAGCGCAGCGCACCGGCGCGGGUGGUGGUGGUUUCUUCUCUGGCGCAUUAUUUCGGCUGGAUCCGCUUCCACGACCUGCACAGCCAGGGCAGCUACAACAGUGGGCUGGCCUACUGCCAGAGCAAACUGGCCAACGUGCUCUUCACCAGGGAACUGUCUCACAGGCUAACAGGUUCGAAUGUGACCGUGAACACUCUGCACCCGGGCACAGUGAGGUCCGAGCUGGUUCGUCACUCCACAGUGAUGUCCCUGCUGUUCACACUGUUCUCCAUGUUCCUGAAAACACCACGGGAGGGAGCGCAGACCUCCAUCUACUGCGCCGUGGCUGAGGAGCUGCACUCCAUCUCAGGCAAACACUUCAGUGACUGCGCUCCAGCCUCCAUCGCUCCUCAGGGCCGCUGUGAUGAAACCGCUCGGAAACUGUGGGACGUCAGCUGCGAACUGCUGGGCAUCGAAUGGGACUGAAAUCGUACCCCAAUCUUCCCCUCGCUCUGUCUGAGCCACAUCAACACACAUGUACCUCAUUUUAUCAGACGUUUGUUAAAACUCCCGCCUUCAUAAUCUCAUCUAAAGCCCUAUUGGAGCUGGAUUAGUUUACGUAAUAUAAACUGUCAGGGUUUGACUGGCCGACUGGUUCGAGAUGAGGUAUCUUUGCUGUUUCCACAAAUUACCAGAGGGUGCACCAAAAAAAGAGCUGAAUUCACUUAUUUAAAGGGCUGUCUAUAUACUUUUGGAUGGAAGCUAAGCUGCAAAAACAAUAUUCAGAUGACAUCACAACCAUGAACACAUCACAUAUGACGACCUGUUUCCAUCAAAGUGCUAAGGAGUGUUGUUACUGAAGACAGUCACUGGAAUGAAAGAUGUGGGUGGGGGGGACGAUUAAAGCCCAAUCCCAUUCCUUAUUACCUCUACCCUGAGUGUCACCUUGCCCCUUGGAAGUUACAAGGGGUAGUGGCUGAAAUCUUCCUCUACGAAAUGGGACCCUUGGGCUACUACCCGUCUGCAGUGACAGCAGAGGAAGGGAAAGUUCAGCUCCUCACUGCUGGGCUUUAGUUACAUUUAGGGAAUCAUAAGCCUUCAAAGAGGGGGGCAAUUAUUUAUUCUCGCCAACCCCUAAUUCUUCUGCUGCGCCAUUUAAGGUGGAACGGAAAAUUUAGCUAGCUCGCUACCUAGAUGUCAGCAUACUACUGGUGAUUUUUUAUGCUUGUUAUGAAGAAAAGGGCCAUAAGGCAUUGAAACAACAUUAAACUGAGACAAUACGGUGGAUACCACGAUUUUUUAUAGGAGAAAAUAGUUGUGUAGGUAUCUUUGGUCUCUUGCGCAGCCAUCCACCUUUUUCCCCCUAACACAUUCAGACUGAGCCUCUGAAAAACCUCCCUUGGAGGACCAUGGAGCCUUAACACUUCGCCUACCCCUCAAAAAAAAUCUGCACACCCCACCCCUAGUCGUGAAGGUGCAAAACGGAGGGCUAAGGGGUGAAAUGGGAUUGGGCCUAAUUGGACUUCCCUAAGUGAGACUAAUCCAGCUCAAAUAGGACUUUAGACUUCAGUCACACUCAUUCACCCAUCCCGUUCUACCAUUUGCCAAAUGCCUCGUGUCUGUGAACCUGCUGCCGAGCACUGCCCGCCACUUUGAGGCUGAACAGAGUUCAGAAACUACACUCAGGCUCCUGGCUUUGUCCGGUUUGUGGACCGCUGUAUUUUGAGUUAUAUUUAUUUGACACUUUGUUUGUCCAUCUGGAGUUUGAAUGUGGCUUUGAGUCGUUCCCAUUUCAUCACCUCCACACUGCAGCUGCCUAGAACUGUGCUGAGGUUUUUAUACAGUGAACAUGCCUUUUUACUCUUGUUACAUUCAUGACCAGAGAGACCAAGAUUUGAAUAUAUAUAUUGUGCGAAAAA